CACUCACCCACAUAUCAAUAGCUCACUCUUCUCACUUUUUUUCUUUUUUCUUUUUUCUUUCUUUUCUAAAGAUGAGAAUUCCACCAUUGCCGAUCCUCCUCCUACUGAGCAUAGCUCAGUUUUUAAUCAGCUACGGUGCUGGUGCAGUGGAGCUCAGUGAAGACGCCGCAACAUUCCCUGGGCCUGAGGCCGUGAAAUUAGACACUAAUGGGCCUAGCAGAGCCCAGUUUCCGAAGGGGUUUGUGUUCGGAACGGCGACGUCGGCUUACCAGGUCGAAGGCAUGGCCCAUAAAGAUGGCCGUGGGCCCAGCAUUUGGGAUGUCUUCGUCAAAACUCCCGGGAUUAUUGCAAAUAAUGGCACGGCAGACGUGGCAGUAGACCAGUAUCACCGUUUCAGAGAAGACAUUGAUAUCAUGAAAAAGCUAAACUUCGAUGCCUAUAGAUUUUCAAUUUCAUGGUCCAGAAUUUUCCCAGAUGGCACUGGAAAAGUUAAUUGGAAAGGAGUUGCAUACUACAAUAGGUUGAUUAAUUACUUGCUUAAAUCAGGCAUUACACCAUAUGCAAAUCUUUAUCACUAUGAUCUUCCUGAGGCACUUGAGGAAAAGUACUUGGGAUGGCUAAGUGAGAAAGUUAUAGAAGAUUUUGCUGACUAUGCAGACUUUUGUUUCAAGACAUUUGGAGACAGAGUGAAGAACUGGAUGACAUUCAAUGAGCCUAGGGUUGUGGCUGCACUUGGGUAUGAUAAUGGUCUCCAUGCCCCAGGAAGGUGCUCCAAGGCAUUUGGCAACUGCACAGCUGGGGAUUCAGCUACUGAGCCUUAUAUUGCUGCACACAACUUAAUCUUAUCUCAUGCAGCUGCAGUUCAAAGAUAUCGCCAAAAGUAUCAACCAGAACAAAAGGGAAGAAUUGGAAUUCUGCUAGACUUUUCAUGGUACGAGCCUCUUACUAGAUCGAAAGCUGAUAACUAUGCAGCACAAAGAGCCAGAGACUUUCAUGUGGGAUGGUUCAUUCAUCCCAUAGUGUAUGGUGAGUAUCCAAAAACAAUGCAAAAUAUAGUAGGCAAAAGGCUACCAAAGUUCACAGAAGAAGAGAUUAAGAUGGUGAAGGGCUCAAUGGAUUUUGUGGGCAUCAACCAAUACACUGCAUACUAUAUCUAUGAUCCUCAUCAACCAAAAUCAAAGGUUUUGGGGUACCAGCAAGACUGGAAUGUAGGAUAUGCUUUUGAGAAGAAUGGAGUGCCUAUUGGUCCUAGAGCAAAUUCUUAUUGGCUUUACCAAGUUCCAUGGGGUUUGUAUAAAUGCUUAACAUACAUAAAAGACCAUUAUGGAAACCCAACUGUGAUCUUGUCAGAAAAUGGAAUGGAUGAUCCGGGUAAUGUGACACUCCCCCAUGGAUUACACGACACCACAAGAAUCAACUACUACAAAACCUACUUGGCUCAAUUGAAGAAGGCAGUUGAUGAAGGAGUCAAUGUGAUUGGCUACUUUGCAUGGUCAUUGCUUGACAACUUCGAGUGGAGAUUAGGUUACACUUCAAGGUUUGGCAUUGUCUAUGUUGAUUUCCACAACCUCAAGAGGUACCCAAAGAUGUCUGCUUAUUGGUUCCAAAAAUUUCUCCAAAGAAACUAGUGUACUUGACUUGGAACAAUUAAUAAGUUUGGCAUUGUCUCUCUUCAUUGAGAUGUGAUGUAAUGUGAUACAUAAAACAUUGGGAAAGUAUCACUGAGAUUUAUGAAAUAAAAUUUCUUUUGCAUUCUUCAUUGAA